GGGACAUGGCAGUGCCCGGAUACCCUUGUGACAUCACAGAGCCCUGCCCUGCCCACGGGUGUUUGAGGGGCACAGAGCCCGGGGGUGCCCACUCCCAGGAGAGCCUCUCUCGCAGGAGGAAGCAGCUCCAGGGAUCUCUCUGCCAGAGAGGACGAGAGAAGUUUUAGAAGGAGAAGAAGACGGAGAUGGACAAGCGCAACUCCCAGCCCAGCCAGGGGCAAACUCCGAGCCUGCCCAGGGUGAGGGACAGGGAGCCAACGCUGCCAUCUCAGCCAAGGCAGCGACUGCUGCCACUGCGGCCGACAAUGUCACCACCGGCACGACAGCCAGGGCAGCCAAGGCAGCCAACAAUGUCACUGCUGCCACUGCUGCCACCACUGGAACAACAGCCAAGGCAGCCAACACUGCCAUCGCUGCCACCACUGCCAAGACAGUCAUCGCUGCCACUGCUGCCACCACUGCCAGGGCAGCCAAGGCAGCCACCACUGUCAUCGCUGCCACCACUGGCAGCACUGCCACGGCAGCCAACGCUGCCACCACUGACACGGCUGCCACGGCAGCCACAGGAGACAAGGAAGAUGGAGAUUUCUGAGGAGGAAAGGAAGAUGGAGAGGGACGAGAACAGGAAGAUGGAGAUGGAUAAGCCAUGGCUGCCACCACUGCCAUGGCAGACAAGGAAGCAACAACUGCCACCACUGCCAACACUGCCACUGGUUCCACCGCAGCCACAGCCACCACUGCCACCACUGCCCAAGCUGCCACAGCUGCCAGCACUGGCACAGGUGCCUCAGCUGCCACGGCUGCCACCACUACCCCAGCAGCCACCGCUACCACCAGUGCCACGGCAGCCCCCAGUGCCAGCUCUGCCCUGCCCAGAGAGCCCCAGGGACACCGUGAGCCGGGGCACAGAGCUGGGCAGCGCAGGGCACACGGGGCCACGGGCCCGCAGCCCCUCUCCCCGGCUGCCCCCACGGCCCGAGAGCCCCGUGCCCGGGCUGCUCUUGCCCCCCAGCACGGGGGCACAGGAGGCCCCAGCCCGGCCCGCGCUCGCUGCCGACGCCAGCUGGGAGCCUCUUCCUCUGCCGGCAGCUCCCUCGGCCGCUCCUGCCAGCCAGCACAGCCAACCCGGCACGGCACCGCUGCAGCACCAGCCUGGCACAGAGCUCAGCCUCGUCUCAGACACGGAGCUGCUGCAGGAGCUGCACAGGAGGGGCCUGCUCCGUGCUGCCACAGACCUCAGCCUUGUCUCGGACACGGAGCUGCUGCAGGAGCUGCACAGGAGGCUCCUGCUCCGUGCUGGCACCACAGAGGCCCCACUCCCGGCAGCCGGCCCGCCGCUCCUGGGGGGCAUUACAAGCCAAGGACAGUCCCAGCAGGAAGACGACGAAGAGCUGUGCCAAGGGACAGAUGGCCUUGGCAAACAAGUGUCCCAAGGGGAAGAUGUCCAGUCGGAAGGGGACUCCAAUGUCCAAGAGCUCUCCCAACUGGAAGAGGACAUUGGCGAGCCAGUGUCCCCACAGGAAGAGGACAUUUUAAAACCUCUGUCCCCACAGGAAGAGGACACUGGAAAACCACUGUCCCCACGGGAAGAGGACAUUUUAAAACCACUGUCCCCACAGGAAGAGGGCAGUGGCAAACCACUGUCCCCAGCAGAAGAAAACCCUGUCCCGUGCGGCCCCACUGACUCGUCACAGCUGGAGCACCACGGGACUGGGAAGGAGCCGGACGUGGAGUCUCAGCUGGAGCACCCACAGAGGCGGCCCAGGAGUGGCGUGUUUGGAGGAAUGAAAAGAAUAAGGAACUGGUUCCACAAGUCCAAGAGCCAAGGACUCACCCAAGAGAAAGCAGACCAAGAGGAACGGCCGUUCCAAGGGCCAGGGGAGAACGACCAGGCCAAGGAGCUUUCUCAAGGGCAAGACAACAGAGUCCAGGGGCUGUCCCAAGGGCACGAUGACAAACCCUUGGACCCGGGCAGCGACGACGACCCCCUGGAGGGGCCCAGCUCUCUCUACAUCCCGAGCAAGUCCCAGCGGCCUCUCUCUUCCAAGCAACCAAAGGCAGACACUUCUCCAUCCACCAGUGAGGAGCAGACCCCAGCAAGGUCCCGCAGCUCCUCCCAGGGCAGCCAAGUUCUGCAGGACACAGUCCAGCCCCUCAUCCACGACAUCCUGAGCAAGGCUGUGCUGGAGGUGGACACUUCAUCCAUCAAUGAGUCCUACACCCCAGCAGGGUCCCGGAACCCCUCCCAGGGCAGCCAAGAUCUGUGGGACACAGCUCAGAAAUUAAUCCAGCACGUCCUGAGCAAGGCUGCGCUGGAGGUGCAGAGGUGUCCCCAGCAGCCACAGGAGCAGCACAAGCUGGGACAAAGCCCGGCUGCAGACGUGAAACCAGCAGUUGCAGCCCAGGCCGUGUCCCCAGGGGCAGAGGGCAGGGAAGCCCCCAGGGCUGUCCCCGGGAAACGUCCCUCCCUGUUGAGGCGCGCGCUCCGCGCUGUGCACAGGCUGUUCCGCUGGCCCCGCAGGCCGGCACAGCCGCACCAUUAGGCCCCGCUCCAGCGCCAGGCCCGGCCCAGACAGCGCAGGGCGGGCAGCGCUUUGCCGGGACCGACAUCUCCCGCAGACCAGCACAGCACGGAACAGCACGGGCGCCGCAACGAGGCCAAGAAGUGGCCACAGACUGGAGGGGGAUCGAGAGCCCCAGAGACCCCCAGACCUCAGACCCCUUUCCGGAGAGGUCUGAAAGAACAGCCUGUGCAUGGGAACUCGUUGGCACAGAAGAGAGAAAGCCACCUUCCGUGGGGAACCCUGUCCCUGCAAAGGUACCCCCAGCAAGCCCAGCAGCCUGGACAUCCCUCCAGCUGCAUCCACGCUGGACACCAGACUGACCCCUUGCACAGGAUGGCGGCGUCACCCAUUCUCACAGGAAGCUUUGCCCCAGGUUCCCGCAGACCGAGGGCACCACUCAGUCACCCCUGGCCCUUCAGUGCACUUGCAGAACUCACAGGAGUUUUUCCUGCAGGGAAGGCCAGAGCUGCCACCAAGGAGGGAAGCAGAGCCCCGUGGCUGUGGGAAGGACUGACCCUUUGCAGGCUGACAACAUGACAAUGCCAUGACCCGGAUGGGAGUGCAGAGCAGGUCUGGCCUGACAGGACAGUCAUCCACGACCACAUCAGCCUGACAUUCCCUGAUGAUGGCAACGGGAUGAACUUGGAGCAGCUGCGCAAAAUACUAAGUUGGCAACCAAGAGAAGAGACAGACUCGGCUCCAAUCCUUUGGAGUAUUGAUAAGAGAAGGUAGCAGAGAGGUUUCUUUCCCCUUUAGUGGAGAAGAUAGUGUAUAGACCCCCUUAUUAGAGAAGAUAGUGUACAGACCCCAUUAUUAGAGAAGAUUGUGUACAGACCCCAUUAUUAGAGAAGAUUGUGUACAGACCCCUUUAGUAGAGAAGAUUGUGUACAGACCCCCUUAGUAGAGAAGAUUGUGUACAGACCCCUUUAGUAGAGAAGAUUGUGUACAGACCCCCUUAGUAGAGAAGAUUGUGUACAGACCCCCUUAGUAGAGAAGAUUGCUCUGCCUGCAGCUGUACCCGUGGACAACCCUUUAUAAUAUUCUACUGUUUGCUCCCAUAUGAGUGCAGUUCACCCGAGAGCUCAGCCACGGGCUCUCGACCAUUAAAGAAAGUUUCUUUAGGAAACAUUGUCCAACUGCCAAACUGACAGCCAAGGGGAAAGUAACACCACCCCCUGAGCUGGGCCCUUGUCACAGCUCUCCCAGGCUGGGCCAUGUGCCCCCUGCCCUCUGGGCUGCUUCUGGCAGUCCCUUCCCUUUCUCUUCCCCUCUCCCCUUCCCCCUGCUGUAGGGAGGAAUGUGUUGAUGCAGCUUGCAAAGCACCUUCCUUGAGCAGGGCUUUGCCUGCUUUGUCAGUCCUGGCAAAAAACAGCUGGAGGGAAAGAGAGAACGUCCAAUUCUCACUCAUUCCUCCAACCUGAAGUCUCUCGGCCACAAAAGGUCUCUUGAGCAAAGAGAAAUUCCCAACCCAGUUCAUGUCUUUAUUGUACUAGUAUAUUCACCAUAAUUAAUAAAUAUUUAACAAAAAAUGCUGAGUGUUUGUGGACUCU